UUUUGCGACUAUAUAAGAACUUAGUUUUGUAUUCUAAAUCUCUAACACUUACGGACCCCGUUUACUUUAAGAAAAGAAUAACUUCAGAAUUUAAACGCAACAAAUCACUGACGGAUUCUAAAGAUAUAACAUUUGCAUAUGAGAAAGGAGCUGCAUUGCUACGCAAAGGAUCAGUAGUUUAAAAUGCUAAGGUCAAAUCUACUCUUCAAAACUUCCCAGCUCAUUGGGCCUACAAUUAAUGCUUUCAAGCACACAAUAGAUUACUCUAAGGUGCCGAAACUAAAUGAAUAUGAUUUAGUGGAAAAGUUUGUUCGAGGCAGUGGCCCUGGAGGGUCUGCCGUGAACAAGAAUGCCAACUGUGUAGUUCUAACACAUGUACCCUCAGGGCUUACUGUCAAGUGUCACGGUAGUAGAUGCCAGGACGAAAACAGAAAAAUGGCACGAGAAAUGAUAAUAGCAAAAUUAGAUGCUGAGAUAAAUGCAGAGGAUAGUGUAGCAGCUCAAAAGAAGAGAAUAGAAGAGAAGAAGCUAAAGAGGUCCGAGUACAAGAAGAAGAAAAUGGCUUUACUUAAAAAUGAAUGGAAGAAACGUGAAGGAUUGUAAAUAGCAACUUAAUUUGUUUCAUGCAAUUUAGUAGUCUUAGUACAG